AUGUCCCUAGCCCAGAAGCAGAAGCAGACUCCCGAUCUAAUCUCCGAUCAAGUCCCCGAUUUUAAUGCUGAACCGCCAGUCGCGGAUGCCGAUGCGAAUGGGCCCAGCUAUCAGACUCCAUCGUCCAUGAGUGGCCAUGACACCCGAUCGCCUCACGAUACGGGAACGCUGAUCGUGAAUGAUGAGGGUACCAGUUAUUUCGAGAGCGUAAAUUGGCGCGCCAUUCUGAAAGAGAUCAACGAGGUUAAAGAAUAUAUCGAUGGCUACGGCAAUGAAGAAACGGAUGAUGAAGGCGCACAGGAAGACCCAGAGGAGGAUUCCUCCCCAACCUUGCUACUUGGAAUGAGUAGACCUAUCACCAAGGAGGAGCUGCUCUUCGAUAUACCGUCCCGUGAGAUUACGGAUCGACUAGUAUCUCGUUUCUUGAAAACAUCAGAGCCUUCACUGAUUGCCGUCCAUAUCCCGACCUUCCGAAAGGAAUAUGCAAAGUUCUGGGAAGCCCCCCAGGACAUGUCCUUCACGUGGAUAUCUUACCUUUACGCCAUGCUGACUCUCUCGGUAUCUCAUUAUCAUCGCAGUGAAGAGCCUUUACCCGUGGAUAUGGUGAACCCAUCGACAGCUUGGAAUGUCUUCCGAAAAAGAGCCGCCCAGGGCCUGGUGCAAGCAAACUACCUUGCCCCAGGCCGAUACAAGGUAGAAGCUCUCUUUUUCUACAGUCUUUCCGAGUUCUACCGCAGCCAGGAUGCACAGAUUGGGGUCUCCUACCUUUUCGGAACCCUCAUUCGCCUAGCUAUGCGCAUGGGAUACCACCGAGAUCCUAGUCAUUAUCCUAGCAUAUCCACUUUUGAUGGCGAGAUGCGGCGACGCCUCUGGGAGCUCAUUUGUCAACUGGAUAUCCUCAUUUCUUUCCAGGUCGGCCUUCCACGGACCAUCCAACCUUGGCAAUACGACACAGAACUACCUUCCAAUCUCCACGACACCGACUUUGAUGCAAACAGUGCUCAGUUACCACCCUCGAGACCCAGUACUGAAUGGACGGCGUGUGGGUAUACAAGGGGCAAAUCUCGCCUCAUGAAGUGCUUCGGACAGAUCACUAACUUGGCAUACUCACGGGAGCAAGUAUCCUACGAAGAGGUUCUGGCUAUUGAUCGCCGGCUAGAAGAAGCGCGUGAUUUACUGCCGAUUUGCCUGAAAUACCAGCCGAUCAAUCAAUGUUUUUCCGAGACGACGGAGCUCAUCAUGAAACGAUAUACCCUAGAGUUACUUUAUCAAAAGGCUCGGGUAGUUAUGCACCGCCGGUAUAUGGCUGAGACGAACAGCAAAUAUGCAUACUCGCGCCAAACCUGCCUGAACGCGGCCCGCGAGACAUUGCGUCAUCAUUCUGAUGUAUACCAGGAGUCAUUACCAGGUGGCCAGCUCUAUGCAGAGCGAUUCUUCAUGAACUCUCUCCAGAAUACCGACUUCAUGCUUUCGGCAAUGAUCCUGUGUUUGGAGCUUUCGCGAGAGAACGAGCGCGACACAGCUCGCAUGGAACCACAAGAAUGUGAUGACAUUUUGCGUCUCUUGGAGACUACAUAUCAAAUUUUCAAAGAAGGCCGUCACCGGUCUAUUGAUACACAACGAGGGUACAAUGCGUUGAGGAUCAUGCUUGGCCGAGUGAGAGGCAACAGCCCUCCUCACAGCGGCAGCUCGGUCUCAAAUGGCCAGAGUAUGCAGAUUGAUGAUAAAUUGGCAUUCCAACCAGUGCCUGCUUCAGUCGGCCCACGACAGCACGAAACAUAUGCAGCCAGCAACGGUGACAGUAACGGCAACCUGCCGACUGCAGGAUAUUACUCCAGCGAAGGGCCAUCGCUCUCGUCACUUGGCCUGAUUGAGGAUAUGCUUAACACGCCUGCACAAAUGGACUGGCGCCUGUAUGACAGUAGGAUAUCUGGCUUUGGGCCAUCUGAUCAGGAUAUGCUCUGGGUUCCAGAUAUCACCGUGCCUCCGACUAUAGAUGAAUUUCUUUCAUAUCAGUCCGAGAGUUAG